AUGACAGCAGUUUUUCUUGUGGACACGUCACUUUGUGUACCCAAGACAAGUAAAGAGAGCACAAGUUUCGAGCUGUCAGUGACGACAAAGGCGAGAAAACACUCACUCAUGGUUCUUGAAAUCAAGACAGAGGAACUGCUUAUCGGCUCUGCUUUCAUGACGAACGACUGCUGCUUUAUCUACGUGAUCACACACUCAUUGUCCGAAAAUCCUGCAUCAGAACAACUUCAGUGUCUACACGACCACAAUGACGUAGAAACCACUAUUCCCAGUUUGCGGUCUUCGGUCUUUUCUGACGUGGUGAAGUGA